AUGUUUUUGAAUUCUCUGAAAAUUUCUGUCACACGGAGAAUCAGGUUUUCACGCUUUUUAUCGUCCAAGGGGGCAAAACGGGAUGCUAAGGAUGCCGAGUGGGAGGCGGAGGUGGUGAGGAAUCGAGAGGAGAUGGAGGAGUGCUUCGAUCCUGAUGCCUCGAGGGACUGUCAAGUCAUCCCUCCAAAACUGAAGACAGUAAGAGUGUAUCGAUGGAACCCAGAGAUGCCCUCGGCGAAGGCGAGAAUGGAAACGUUCACAGUAGACCUGAACAAAUGUGGAUCGAUGGUUCUGGAUCUCCUGAUCAAUAUCAAGGCCUAUCAGGACCCGACCCUGGCCUUCCGAAGGUCCUGCAGGGAAGGCAUCUGCGGGAGUUGCGCCAUGAACAUCAAUGGGACCAACACCCUCGCCUGCAUCACAAAAAUUUCCACCGACGACAAACCCCUGAUCAUCUACCCCCUGCCCCACACUUACGUAAUUCGAGACCUGAUCCCCGACAUGGGGCACUUCCUCGAACAGUACACGAUGAUCGAUCCAUAUCUGAAGCGAGAGGACAAGGCAUAUCCUCCAGGAACUAGGCAGACCCUUCAGAGCCCGAGGGACAGGAAAAAAUUGGAUGGACUGUACGAGUGCAUCCUCUGCGGAUGCUGCACCUUCUCUUGUCCGCCAUAUUGGUGGCUAGGAGAGAAGUACCUGGGUCCUGCGGUGCUCCUGCAGGCGUACAGAUGGAUCAUCGAUUCCAGAGACACUAGCCACAAGGAGAGACUCGCCAAGAUGCGAGACUACUACUCAGUCUUCCGAUGUCACACCAUCUUCAACUGCACAAAGACCUGCCCCAAGGGCCUGAACCCAGGGCGUGCGGUGGCCCAGGUGAAGAGACUGAUUGCGGGGUACACGAAAAAGGAGGAGCCAGAUUUUCCAGCUGAAGAGGCCUAUAUCGAUCCCUGUACUGGAGAGCCACAAAUUAAAUGUUGAAAGAUAAUUAAUACACUAAUUAAUGAAUUUGUAAUCAAACCAUAAUAAAUUGUAUUAAUCUACCAGAAGA